AUGAACGAGCCUGUACUUAUAAAAGGGAACAAAAAGGGCACAUAUACAUUACUGUAUAAAAACUUCUUGUAUACAAGAAGUACAAAAUCAAAGAAGGGCAUCGUUUGGAAAUGUACAGCCAAGAAAGCUGAAGACUGUAAGGCUUCAAUAACUACCGAUGAUAAUUUGAGCGUUGUAGUCAGUAAAGGCGCACAUUCGCACAAACAACCAGAUGUGGAUACUAAGCCUAAACACAGUAUCAUAAAACAUCGAUUACUAUGUCAAAACGCGGGACACCGCUGCUACUACAUCGUCAGUACACUUACUGGAAGCACCAUGUCUCCGGUAACAAGAUAUGCUGGUAUUGCUCGUCAAACCGACGGUUCUACUGCAAAGCGAAAAUCUACACUGAUCUGGACAAUAACUUUAUUGAGAAAAGUGACAGUGGUAACCGCGAUAGACGGAGCCACCCUCCUCAUGCUGAACGGCCAUUCGUAUAGUAACCCAUCACCGAUGACCGGCGGAGAGCGAUGGUACUGCUCCGGGCGAGCUAGAUGGAAAUGCAAUGUUUGUUUGCACGUCAACGAUGACUAUGAGCUAGUUUGUAUAUCGAAUGAGCACGCACACUCACCACCUGUGUACGAAAAAACUGAUGAUGGUCUCUACGUAGAAAUUUUGAAGUAA